UGAAAUGAGAUGUAACUUUAAACUUUAUUUUACUGUGCUGUCAAGUAAAAAAAACCCAAAUCCAACCCAAACAAACAGCACUGCACUAUUGUAUUUCCAGUAACUCUGGCACUGGCAUGCAUGUACAGUUUUGUACAAGUUUCCACCAAUUCCACUGAGAAUGGUUCCAUUGUGGUAUGAUGGAUGAUUUUAAAACCAGAAAACUAAUUAAUUACAUCAUUUGGAGACCAUACAAACCUCGACCUUCAAACAGACCUUUUUAUCAAGUAUGUUUUAUUUUCUACUUGAGCAUUUCAUGAAUAGUUCUCCGGCAGCAAGAACGGGGCAUGGGGAAAGAUGGUAAACAAAGUGAUUUCAGACUAUAUUUGCCUUCUGCUUCAAUGCCAGACGAUCAGCCAAUCGGAUCGUGGCAGGGAAGCAUCCACCAAUCUGAUUGAAUACCUGCAAUAAUGUCUGUGAGAGAUGAAUGCUGCUGUGGCAUACCGGGAGCUUCAUUCAUCCCUGCUUGGUCCAUCGGUUUCGCUCAGCUCCGUGUGUGAGAGAGGGAGUGUGUGCCAGCUCUAACAGGUUAGCUCAUUGAUUGACAAAAACCUCGGCUGAAAAUAGUGUAAAUGUAUGUGGACCACUUCCAUUGCACUUGGCUGGAAAAGUCAUUGAUGGAUAGGAUGGUCACACGACACCACAGACAGAUAACCGGUGGUGGUGGCUAGUGGGUUUUUUCUAAAAACAAGCACAUGCUUUGUUUGUGUCGGUUGUCGUGGGGGGCUGAGUGAAAUUGAGGAUGACGGAAUGAAUUGAGGAAUUACAUCUUGUUUAGCCAAGUGUUGCUCAAUAAUGCCAAGGGACCGCACUCAAGAUUAGCUUCUAUUGUUGAAUCAAAACAUUGAUUUUGCCUCUGCUGCAUAACUUGGGCAUUGGAUCAUCUGAGGAAAAAAUCUGACUUGUUACAGUUGUCUAGGUCGGAUUCGAGAAUGGGAGCGGAAGAGAGCAGGAAUGGUAAUUACGGCCUGAUGGGAGCGAGCGCUGUCGUCGCCAACAUGAACCUGCAGGCCCAGAAGUCACGGCCCUGGUCACUGCUUCACCAGUGUUCCCUGGACCAGUGGAAGAGUGGACAUGCAGGAGCAGCUGGUUUCAUGGAGACAACGAUGACCUGCAAUGGUCUGGUGUUCAAGGACUGCAGCCUGACCUUCUGCACGAGCCGCCAGGGCAUCAUCAACAUCAACAAGUCGGGCCCGCUCUUCAGCUUCCGCCGCAAGAGCAAGUUCACCAAGAUGGCGCAGCACUUCGAGUACAACCACAUCCCCGCCCACCUGUCAUCGAUCCAGAACUUCCACGUGAAAAGCGUGCUCUGCUACAAGGAUCAUGCCGUCAUCCUGCAUCUGGUGAGAAACAUGAUGACCCAGUUCGGAAUCAUCGACAUCGAGGCCAACAAGUUCAUCGGGAUCUUCGGCAAGCAGUCGGUGGAGUUUGUGAAUGAGGCCCUGCGCGGGGAGAUCAGCCCCGAUGGCACCAUGUGCAUGAUCAGCAUCCCGUCGCUCAAGACCGAGGGCAACGCGUUUGUCUUUCAGGUGUACUCCCUCGAGAAGUGGAACCUCGUCUACGAGAUCAGUCCGCCGUACUCACAUUCCCGGUUCGCGUUUGACCCACGGUUCUGCGCAUCGCGAUUCGCUGCCACGAGCUUCGUCAGAGGGGAGGACAACAGCUUGAGUCUGGUGAAGACCGGGAGUUGGGACGUCAUGACGACCAACACGCGUCUGGACGACCUUCACACCACCCUCGAUACGAAUCUUAAAGAGCUGAAGUUCUCCCGGGAUGGACAGCUCAUCUUUGCCAUGAUGGUAACGAGUGGCUGCCACUGUCGGGAGAAGAAAGCCCGGCGGUUCCAGCCACUGGACAUCAGCAUCUACAUCUGCCAUGGCGAUACUGCUGAGACAGUGCACUGCAUUCAGUAUCAUCGUUACACUUGUGGCCUUCACUCUUGCCCCGUCAACUACAUGCCCGUGUUCUCCCACUGUGGCACGCGCAUGGCCGUUGUUCUCAAUGACACAGAGACCACCAUCGAUCACGUGCAGGUUUAUAAACUUCCAAACAGAGGCACACUGCAGAACCGGUGUCGGAUUCGCAUUCUGCAGCAGUUUCCAUCGGACGUCAUCUCGCACCUGCCCCUGCCUCCAAGACUGAUAAAGUAUCUCAAGUUUAAACCUGAUUUUGUGUGAAUUGUUGCAAAAAGUGUGUCUUAAUCUUACUAGUCUUUGAGCAUCAGGCUGAAUUCAGUAAGUACUUCUUGUCAGCAAGCAAAGGACAGCUAGUCCUUUAGCCGUGUUGCCAUCAAGUACAGAAUGGUCCUUGCCAUCAAGUACACAACAGUCCUUGUCAUCAAGUACAGAACGGUCCUUGCCAUCAAGCAUAGAAUGGUUCUUGCCAUCAAGUACAGGGCAGUCUAUGAAGAUGCUCACUGAGUCUGUGAACGAGACUUCAGAAGCUCCAUCUGCCAGGAAGUUUCAAAACCAGCAUCAGUAAGUCAUCAAAACUGCUACUGUAGAUGAGCCAGUCAUUAUAACUCUUAUCAUCAUCAGUCAGUUUUGAAACUCCUGAUCAAUUUCCUGGGAUGGAUGGUUAAUAUUUGUCAUAAUGGUCAUAAAUGUGUUAUUGUCGAGGGAAAUGUCAGUGUUUAGUGCUCCUAUCUGUAUGUGUGUGUGUUUCAGUGAGUAUUGAAAACAAUUACUUUGGUGAAUAGUCAAUAUGAAUUGGUCUUGAAAGCAUAACCUGUUUGAGAGCACCGGUGAGUGUCAAAAUUUACAUCCAUGACAUACAGUACCUUUCAUAAUUAAUAAGUGUCUGGUCAGUAUUAGAUCACGAUAGCAAGUCUUCAUGAAGAAGAAAACAAAUCUCUUUUGUGAUUUUAUCCCUGUUGAGAACUGAUGUUUGUUUAACUGGUGAUUAGCAUAUUUAAAUAUAUUAACAUAUAUCGAGUCAAACUGCUUUAAUGUGCUUGUUCGAAACAAACUCUUGGGCACAACUUUGAGUUUUUAUUCAAGUCAGCAGUUGUGUCCAAAAUUUCAGUCAUAUUUUAUGAGUCAUGAGUUGACCUUAAAUGCUCAUUUACACUGGAUACAGAGUGUGUGUGUGGUGUGGCUACAAAAAAAUAAAUAUUAUUUUUUCAUUGUGAGCAAUUACACUGGACACAUGCAGUGCAUGCAUUUUGAAAAACAUCCUCAGUAAAGUAGCCAGUCGCUUGCAUCAGUGAUGUAUAUGUGUUAAACAAAUGCUAUUUAUUAAGCAAAUAUUAUUUAAUUAAUUUUUAUUUAAUUAAUUUAAAAAAAAAUUUGUCAAAUGCAACUAUAAUAUUUUACCUUUAACAUAAACAUAGAAACAAACAUCCAUUUCCUAGGUGUAGUAAGAUAUUUACUGUAAAACACAUACCAUCAAUUUAUCAAAAUAAUGGUUUGCAUGCUCUUUAAAUUUUUUAUGAAAAUAAUAGAUCACUGUAUAUACAUACAAUUUACAGCAAUAAUAAACAUUAUAAAUGCAUUACUUUUAUAAAUAUGUUCAAAGCACAGCUGUAUUUUUAAUAUGUUUAAUAUACACAUGCAUUACUGUGGUGAGCUUAUUAAUUGUACCCGGACCACAGCUGGGGUAAAUGCUCUGAAUGCAUGUGGCAGCUGCAAUGUAUAGAUGUGAGAGCCAGACCACAUACACACACCACAUCCAUUGUAAAGGAGCUGUAAUGAGGCCCAGCUGUCUAAUGCUUCUUCAGUUAGCCAGACCUUGACAUUUAAGGGGAACUAGAGGUAUCAGUCAUGCUCCCAUUGCUCCCCUGAGACCAGAGAUCAAGGAGGGUCAUUUCUAACUCCCCUUAACAUGUGAAUUUACAUGGUCAGGGUUUCUGCCAGAGGGUAGAAUGGGUAUAGUGCCACACCCAAAUUGUUUUUGCAUCUUUUAUUUUUUUAAAGUUAACUUUUUGACAAAAUUAAUUACUCAUCAAUACUACAUGUAUAUGAUUAUUUUCUUAACCCUACCCCUAAACUUAACCCAUUUUCUUUCUGGGGGAGGCCCCCAAUACCCUCUGGUGACUGUGGUUGCAUUCAAUUCCAUAGUGCCAUACCCAAAAAUUUCUUUCUGGCAGAAACACUGAUUGUAUCAGUAUGGUAAUAUUUUGAAUGGCUAACCCAUAAGGUAAGUUAUGUGAGUAAGAAAUGACUCCUCCUGAUUUUCUUUUUACAUUGAGGUCUGGGACCUAAUCCACAAAGGUCUCUUAGGCUCUGCUGGACAAGACAGUAUCCUCUUUGAAAGUCUUUUUGCAUUGCACUGCGAUAUCGCAAAAUUAAGAGAGUUUAGUGAAUUAGGUUUAGUAUAUACUAGUAUUCAUCUGUGGGCGAUGGUCACAGAUUUUAAGAGAUGUCAUAUACAAAGAAGUAUGAAAAGUCAUCGAAAGAAGUGUGAAAAAUAACCAAUAAUCAAAUCCCUUGACAGUGGGGUGUAAUUGUAUUUAGGUAUAGUGCUCUAAAAGUCGGGUUACUUCUAAAUUUAUACAGGUUGUUUUGUUGCAAGAUUAUGUUGGUUUAUGAACCAUCAAAAAUGUUUUUUUCCUGGGUACUGGUCAGCUGCUAAACAGCUGGUUGCUAUUCACAUGUUGUUGCUAUAAACAGGUGGUUACUCACAUGGCUGCUUUACUAUGGUGGCUGCUAUACACAGGUUGCCUCUCCUUAAUGUUUGUUUUAGGUUCUGUUUCAGACAGGUACUUACAUGUAUUCCUAGCUGCAUGGUUUUUUGUGGGGGGUUUUAAGUGAUCUUGUAUACAGAACAGUUGCAUUCAUUUUUUAGUACCAAUUUUGUUGACAACUUUUAGAUUUAUAACUUGUCAUGAUUAUAGAUAAUUAUCUAUGUAUUUAUUUGUUUAUUUAAGAUUUUGUUUUAAUCCAUUGUUGCCACACAACUGCUCAAUGUAUGUAGUGCUAUAUUGUAUACAGUAAUGAAGAUGUACAUGUAUAUACAUGUAUAUAUAUAUAACUUACAUUUAUGAAUGUAACAUAUUUGCUGAUGAACACUAUUGUUCUGUUUAUUGCUGCUUUACAUAAUUUAUAUAUAUUAUAAAUGUCAUGUUUGGUAUCUCAUGUUACGAACUAAUUAGUGCCUCUUUGGUAUAACAAAACAGUUUAAUAUUAUGAAAUUAUAAUGAGAAAACAGUACAUGUUUAUAGAUGUUCAGAACUAUUCAGGGCCCCAUUUCAUGAAACUGUCAUAGCAAAACUUUCAUUGUUAAUGCCUAGCUAACAUUAUUUCAUGGACCCAGGUUGGUUCAAAUGGUCAAAAAGACAUAAAUGUUUUCAAAGUUUGUGUCUGCCUCUGCCAUCACAUUAUAGAUCAUUUGUUAUAAGAGCGAACAAAUUUAGUUGUAUGUUUCCCAUUUCAUCGGCUUUCCACAGUUGGGGGAAAUGUGUAUAUAUCAAAAACAUUAAACUUGUAAAAAAAAAAACAUAAUAAUAAAUCCCUAUGCUUUUGAGAACAAUGAGGAAUAAAAGAAACAUGGCAUGUGCUUAUAAAAUUUUAUAAUCUAGACUCAAAUAUCAAAUAUUAAGCCAUCUGACUUGAUGCUGAUUGGUAGGCACUUGGUUCAAGUCCCGGUACCAACUUCCAACCAGAGUACAAGUAGUUUAAUAACUUAGUAGGUACUACACCGACUUCUCUCUCACUAAAAAGUAACAAUUAACCAAUAAACUACUAUCCUGGACACGUUGCCCAGAUAGCUAGGGUUGUGUGCCCAGGACAAUGUGCUCGAACCUUAAUUGGAUAUAAAGCUUUAAAAUAACUAUAACAAAAGUCAAAGUCUCAGACUCUGUUAUAGUCAAGUCUGGACUCUUUAAAAGUUUUAUAAGCACAGGACCUGAACAUACAUGUAGUUGUCCCCACGUAUAUCACCAUAGUUAGAAUUGGGGGCCUCGUCCUUUCAUAUAAUAUUUAAUUGCAUGAUGACCAUGUCAGUGUUACUAAUAGUGUAAGUACUGGUUAGGAAUAGCUGUUUAUAAAACCUUUAUAUUCCAGGCCUGAGGUUAAUUUCCAGUAGUGAUAGUGCAGUAGGAAUAGCUGUUUAUAAAACCCUUAUAUUCCAGGCCUGAGGUUAAUUUCCAGUAGUGAUAGUGCAGUAGGAAUAGCUGUUUAUAAAACCCUUAUAUUCCAGGCCUGAGGUUAAUUUCCAUUAGUGAUAGUGCAGUAGGAAUAGCUGUUUAAAAAUUUGUAUAUUCCUGGCCUGAGGUUAAUUUCCAGCAGUUAGGAAACGGGAAACGUUCAAUUAACUUGAGAUGUCCCCAUGUGAUAUACCAUGUACGCUGUGGACUUCAAAUCUGACAAGUACUAAUUGUAUUAUGAACUCACUAAAGUUCGGAGUUUUCUGACCUUGCCAGAGAUCACGUCAACAACAACAACAGGAGAUUGGAUUGUCAACUGUAUGGAGUGCUGACUGCAGUAUCUACAUGAACAUGUGUACACUAACAUUUGUGUGUGAACCUCUGUACAUUAUUAUUUAUAUGUGAUCAAUUGUUUAUUAACAAUCAUUUAGGGCUGAGUUCACAAAGCCUGUUUAUGUCUUACACACAUGUAACUACACAUACAUUUACAAUGCUUAAACACCUGUGUAUGUCUUACACACAUGUAACUACACAUACAUUUACAAUGCUUAAACACCUGU